UAUUUGGAAUUCUAUAUAUCUUAUCCUCAAUAGACUAAGUAUGUGUUAGAAUACACAGACACAUGUGAAAGUUAUUAUGAUGUAGGUAAGAUUGAAAGGGGCUGGACUAGAGGAUAUACUAGGGAAAGCUAGUUUGGUUAACGAAUAUGUGGCCUUGAAGAAUUCCUAUGCAUCGAAUGUCAAACUACGCGGCACGUGGAACUUGGGUUCAGUUCACUGACCCUUAACUUCUAUCUUCUUGCUCCUUUCUAUAUAUAAUACAACAAAGAAGAUAGCGUUCUAAAGUUUGACCUGCUUUCGUAACGAUAUAUUUUUUUAUUCAAGUUUUUUUUUCUUUCACUAAUCAUUAUCGAGUUUUUAACACGGAUGUAAAGAUUUAUCAAUUAUUUUAUUUUCUCAUGACUAUGUCAUAUGAUAUCAAACGAUCAUAUCGCGUGUUUUUUUUAUAUCGUCUUGAAAAUAGUUUCAAACAUUCAAACGAUAAAAUCACAAUACUUGUUCAUCCGGUAUGUAAACGCAUUUUAUUAUUGACCUCCCGCGAAGGGUUAUAAAAUGUUCCAUUUCAUUCAUAUUCCGUAGCUUUAUUUAUCAUUUUUACAUAACAAUUAAGGGGACAUUUAAAUAGGGACACUGAUGUGACGUGACAUUUUCUGUUAAGUUUCGUAUAUAUAUAUAGUCGUAUACGAUGAAUAUUUUUAAUUUGCAAAUCAAAAAGGCAAAUCAUUGGAAUUCUUUAGCUUCAGUAUUAAUUUGUUGCUAAGACGGUUAACAAGUCUUUACCCAAUACUAUUAACUUACUUUCUUGCGAUAGUGCGUUUACUAUUUUGUCUAUUUUUUUUUUAUAAAGCAACGAUCAUUUUAACGUAUAAUUAUUUAUCUUGCAAAAUUUUAAAUAUAUAGUAACGUGUUACUGUAAGUCAUAUAUUACAGUAUGAAUUGUCAACUAUAUUACGUUCGUAAUAUUUUUAAUUCAACGUAUAAAACAUAUAAGAGAAAUGUUAGAUUAAUAAAUACGGAUAAAAAAUUAGAAAUGCCACCUUAUCAACAUAUACCGUCUGUUUAUACGGGACCAAGUUACGAUAAUGUAAAAGCAGCAUACGAAUCGAACAUAUCACCUAGUUAUAAAAUGUAUUAUAAGAAGCCAUUGUUAUUAUACGAAGGAAAGAAUCAAUGGGUGUGGGGUCAUGAUGGUAAACGUUAUUUAGAUAUGUUCGGUGGUAUCGUUACUGUUUCUACAGGACAUUGUCACCCAAAAAUCGUAGCUGCGAUAUCGGAUCAAGUGAAAAAACUUGGCCAUGUAUCAGGACUUUAUAUGCAUUCUAGUUUAUACGAAUAUACAGAAAAAUUAGCUGCCAAAUUACCGGAAAAACUUCGAGUCAUUUAUCUCGUCAAUAGUGGCUCCGAAGCUAAUGAGUUAGCAUAUUUAAUGGCGAGACUUUAUACUGGCGAACAGAAUAUCAUUUCACUGAAUAAUUGUUAUCAUGGCGGUACUUAUGGAACCUCGGCAACGACCGCUUUAAGUACAUGGAAAUAUGCUAUUUCACAGCCACCUGGCCAUAUACACGUAUGCAAUCCAGGCUUACAAAAAUAUCUUCCCUGUAAUUCGAAAUGCAAAGAUUGUUCUGUUCCGGGUGUAAAAGGCACAUGCAGUUGCAGUAACGAUGAAUGUGUCUUACUCACUAAAUAUUUAGAUGAAUUUAAAGACACUUUUCGUUACAGUUUGCCCAAAAAAGGAGGUGUUGCUGCAUUCAUUGCAGAAAGCAUUCAGGGUAUCGGAGGUGUUAUACAAUAUCCACGGUUAUUCUUAAAAAAGAUUUAUGAUAUUGUUCACGAAAAUGGUGGUCUUUGUAUAGCUGAUGAAGUACAAACUGGUUUUGGUAGAACAGGCAAUCAUUUUUGGGGUUUUCAAAAUCAUGGAAUUCAACCUGACAUAGUAACAAUGGCAAAAGGCAUUGGAAAUGGAAUUCCUCUUGGUGCAGUGGCAACUACUAUUGAUAUUGCUAAUUGUUUGAAAAGAGCACUUCAUUUCAAUACCUUUUCUGGAAAUCCAAUUAUUUGCGCUGGAGGUUUAGCAGUGCUUGAUAUAAUUGAGAAUGAAGGUAUGCAAAAGAAUGCCCUUAUUACUGGAACUUAUUUGUGUCAACAAUUGAGUACCUUAACUCAUGAUUUUUCGGAUAUUGUAAGUGACGUACGAGGGAAGGGUCUUAUGAUAGGUGUAGAAUUAGCAAAAAAUAAUAGAACGAAGAAAUAUAUUAAAGAAGAACAUAUGGUUGACAUAUUUGAAGAUAUUAAAGAUAUGGGUGUACUUGUUGGAAAGGGUGGAUUAUUUGGAAAUGUUUUAAGAAUAACACCGCCAAUGUGUGUUACAAAGGAAGAUGCAGAUUUUACAGUGAAUGUUAUCAGAAGAGCACUCCAACGAUAUCGUAAAAAAUAUUUAUGCGAA